AUGCAUAUAAGUUUAUUCAAUGUUCUAAUUUGUUUAAUUUGUAAAUUCAAUUUUCAAUCGUUGAGGAUAAUAAUAUUCAAACCAAUUAGUAAUUUAUAUAAAAUGAAAAUGAAAUCAGGUCUAAACACUUUGAAUAUGGAUAAUUCAUCCAUAGAGAGUAGUGAAGAUAAUUGUAGACAAAAACUUAAAAGAGGACAUUCAGGUGUAAAUCAAUUAGGUGGAAUGUUUGUUAAUGGACGACCAUUACCAGAUACAACACGUCAACGUAUUAUUGAAUUAGCCCAUUCCGGUGCACGUCCAUGUGAUAUAUCACGUAUAUUACAAGUAUCUAAUGGUUGUGUAUCCAAAAUAUUAUGUCGUUAUUAUGAAACUGGUUCAAUUCGACCAAAAGCAAUUGGUGGUAGUAAACCAAGAGUAGCAACUAAUUUAGUUGUAUUAAAAAUAGCUCAUUAUAAAAGAGAAUGUCCAUCCAUAUUUGCAUGGGAAAUACGUGAUCGUUUAUUACAAGAAGGAAUAUGUACAACAGAGAAUAUACCUAGUGUAUCAUCCAUAAAUCGUGUAUUACGCAAUGUCUGUAAUGAUAAUCAACUACCUCUUUCAUUAGGAUCAACUAUUUCACAAAAUGAACAUCAUAACAGUAAUCAUACUAAUAAUGCUAAUCAUACAUUGAAUUCUCUCAUGAAUAUACAAACCAUGCAGUCCCAUGAACAUUUACUACAUCAUGCUCAUACACAAAAUAAUCCAUUCAAUUCACCGCUGAAUCGAAUGCCAAUGGUUGAUUUUCAAUCUACUCAUCUUAAUCGUCUUAUGAAUCAUUCUAACUUAAAUAAACGAAAUUAUCCACUGCAAUUAACUGUAAAUCAAGUAUCCCGUGAAUUAAAUAUAUCACCUCGAUCACCACAAAUUUCACCGCCUCGAUUUAAUCAUCCACAAACAGCAGCAUUUACUGCAGCAGCCGCUGUAGCAGCUGUUCAACAAAAUUAUCCACAAACUUCAACUAUAUAUGAUUCAAUUGCAUAUCAAAAUCGUUUAUUUGAAAUGAAUGGUAUUAGUGCUAUCACUACGACGACUACGACUACUACUACCACCACUAUUACAGCUAGUAACAAUAGUAGUAUUAGUGAUGUAUCUUCAACAUUCCAAUCAUCAACUAACAUGUAUGAUACAUUUUCCAAUUUCUUACAUCAUACCAAUUGGCCAUCAUGGUAUAAUACAUCAUCAGCAGCAUCAUCAUUAACAUCAGAAACUACUGGCAAUCAUACAUCAUCUAUUCCUGUGGAUACAAACAUGAAUAUAAGAAAUUAUACCAAUAAUGGUGGUAAUAGUAAUUGUUUAACAGAAGCUGAUGAAGUCACAGAACAUUUAAAUUAUUGUAGUUUACCGAAUUUCCAUUUAUCGAAUGGUAUAGAUUGUGUUCAAUUUCAUCAAUCCAAUACAGAAUUGAAUAAAAGUAAUAGUAAGGAUAAUACUACUAAUAAUAGUACUACUACUAAUAGUAAUAAUAAUAAUAAUAAUAAUAAUAAUGAAGAACAUAUUUCGAAUGGUUCUCAUCACUCUUUAUUAUUAUCAAUGAAUUUGCAUAAUAGGAAUGUUUGUGAAUUGAAAAAACCAGAUCAUUUAUUACAUCAAAUGAAGCAGCAACAACAAGAAGAACAACAACGACGACAACAGCAAGGACAACAGGAACAAUCCCUUAUAAAGAAUAAUUAUGGUAACGAUGACGAUGAUGACGAUGAUGAUAAACAUAGUGAAUUCAAUUUACUUAUGAGAAAUUCAUCAAAAUUAUAUGAAUGUUUAGAUUCAGAAAUUGAAUUCCCUCAAGAGAAUAAUCAUAAUAAUCCUUUAAAUCAUAUUCCAAUAGAAUUGAAAAAGAAGGAGAUAACAAGAUCAGAUCCAAUAAUCCAUUCAACAAUGGAACAUCAAUUAGAUCAAUCAAGACUAAAUCUAGAAUCAUUCACAGUAAUGAAUUCACCUAAUCAAACUUUUUUACAACAAAAAGCUCAGUGUACUAAACAACAACUUUCAAACUCACACUACAAUUCAGUUGGUACUACUAUGACUACUACUGAUAAUAUUAAUAGUAGUAGUCGUAGUAGUAAUAGUAGUACUCCUAUUACUACCAUUACCAUUAGUCCUACUAAUGAUCUAGUUAAAAUAUGUUCAACCCCUAUGGAAAUAUUAAUGAAAACUUAUGGUAGUAAAGAUAAUUUUUCAAAAUUAUCAUCGAAACAGAAUUUAUUACAAUUUACUAAUCAUUCACAUUCACAACCACCACUACCACCACAGCAACACCAGCAACAUAAUACUAAUAACUAUUCAGAAAUCAAUCAUACACUAAUUAAUUCCUUAACAUCAACAUCAAUCAUGAAUUCAAUGGAUCAUUAUCAUCAUAAUCAACAUAAAAUAGAUGAAAAAUUAAAUGAUACUAAAAAACCAGGAAGAAAUAGAACAACUUUUACACCGGAACAAUUAGAGAUACUUGAAGAAGAAUUUGAACGUACACAUUAUCCUGAUUUAAUGAUACGUGAACAAUUAGCUGAAUCAAUGUUAAUACCAGAAUCCCGAAUACAAGUAUGGUUUUCAAAUCGUCGUGCAAAAUGGCGGCGUGAAGGUAAAGAAUUACAUAACAAUAAACAAGAUCAAUCUAAUUCACCAAGUUUAGAUGAUAAUAAUCAUAGUAAUGAUCAACAAUAUAAUCAAUAUUCAAUAAUCAAUAAUAAUAAAAUACAAGAUUAUCCAAUAAUCAAUAAUAAUAAUAAUCACCAUCAUCAUAAUGAACGAACCAAUCAACAUUCUUCUUCUUCUUCUUCUUCAAUUUCUUUGUCAACUCCUUCUACUUCUACUUCUUCUUCUACCUAUUAUGAUUAUCAUCAAUUAAUUAUUCAACAAAAUAAACAAAAACAAGAACAUAUAAAUAUGAUUAGAAAAGAAUAUGGUAAUAUGAAUUGGACUUAUAUGUCUACACCAAUACAUCAUGAUCUUCCAUCACCUAAAAAACUAUUCAAUUAUUCUGAACCAUUUGAUACCUUAAAUGAUAUACCGCGCAAUUCAAAUUCAAUUUCUAAUCAUGAAACAGGAACUUAUACUAUUUUAAAUGAUGUAACACGUUUAAAUUCAUUGACCAAUACUCAUUUAAACAAAUUAAAACAUAUAGAUAGUUUAAGUGAAAAUGGCUUGACAACAAAAAUGGAUAUAAACAAUACCAUUACAUUAACUAAUCAUUAUAAUGAUACAGAUCAUAAUGAUGAUCUAGAUCAAAGACAUAUACAAAAUAUUAAACAUGAUCGUAUAUCAAUGAUAAAUUCAGAUUUUACUAAACUAAACUGUUUAUCCUAUAAUAAUCAUUCAUUAGAGACAAUUAAUUCCGAGAAUACCAUUACAAAUAAUCAUAAUAGUGAUCAUAAUCAUAUAAGUAGUUUAAUGAGUAGUAUAAAUACAUUAAAUAGAAAUGAUUCAUUUGAUCUAACUUCAAAUCAAGAAAGACAAAUUGAUAUAGAAUUAAUUGAUAAAAUACAAUCAAAUCAGCUAGAUUAUCAACCAAUAUGGUUGAAUUCAACAGAUCAAAUACAUAAUUAUAAAACAGAUUCAAUAAAUCCUACAUUAUGGUAUGGAAUGACAUAUCCUCAACCAAGUACAUUAUCUACUGAUUCUGGUAUUGGUUCACCACCACUCCCACCACCACCAUCAUCAUCAUCAUCAUCGUCUAUGCUGUCUAAUAGUGGUAUCAUUGGUAAAUCACAUAUAUCUAUUGGAUAUGAUAAUGGAUCAACUAAUUGUCUAUUACCACAAAUACUUCCUGAUACAUCAUCUCAAUUAUCUUCUAUGGCUGUAGCAGCUGCAGCGGCUGUUGUAGCUUGGAAUAAUAACAAUAAUAAUUCAAAUUUUAUUCACAAUCAAACCGCAACACCUAAAUUAACAAUAACAUCUAAUGAAUAUGAUGUCAUAUUGAAUUCUCAUGAAUCUACACCGAUUAAUUAUGGAUAUUUAGAUAGAAUUAAUUCAGAAUUUAAUACUUCUACAUCUUCAAUGUGUGCACCACCUUCAUGUUGUUCUACUUCCACUUCUUCUACUUCCACUUCUUCGUCUUCUCCGUUAGCCUCUACAUCUUCAUUAUCCUUAUCACAAUCAUCGACUUCUUCAUGUUCUACACAUAAUAACAAUACUAUAAUUAAUUUUGAUUUAAGUAGUAUAGUUGGUCAAACCCCUCAUGUAAACACCAAUACUAAUGCUGAUAAUACUGAUAAUAAUAUAAGUAGUAUGAAUAACAGUUAUUAUGAUUUUUCACGUUAUUUUCAUUAA